AUGGCGGCCGCUCAGUCGCCCAAGAGCUUCUUGGACAUCAUCAACGAGACUGACAGUUUCCCCCACGUGGACAUUCCGCAACUGCCACAUACUGCGGACUUCUCGGUGGACUAUUACGCAUUCCUUCUGCCUGACGACACCAGACCGCAUGGCUUCAUUCCAGCAAAUGUCGUUGUGCAAAUUCCGUGGACCUCUGACUUCGUUCUGAGCACGACAGGCGAGCUCCCUCGAACAGUGCAGCUGCUUGACACGUCCAACGGAACAGACACCGCAGCAGCAUGCAACGCCUCACUCGCCCAGGUCAUCGACGCUGCUCAAGCUCAAGGUCUCUUCCCUAAGACCCUCGGAAGGAAGCCCAAGGGCGAGAAUUUUCGGAUUAUGGGCGCCUUGAACUAUCAAGGCAAGAAUGGCCUGAUCCAGAUGCAGCGCUCAGCCGCUCCCCUGUUCGGGAUUGCGAAUCGUGGCUCACACAUGACAGUGUUUGUCAAGUCGAAGGAGACGGGCGAGAUCAAGAUCUGGGUCCCUCGCCGAAGCCGUCACCUGGCCACAUACCCAGGAAAGCUUGACAACACCGUCGCGGGAGGCACGAAAGCCGAGGAGUCGCCGCUGGAGUGUAUCGUCCACGAGUCGGACGAGGAGGCGUCCCUACCCGAGGACUUUGUGAGCAAGCAUGUCAAGGCCGUCGGCGUGGUGACCUAUGUCACUCAGACUGGAAGUGGAGGAGGACAGGAUCAACAGGCUGCUGUCGGUGGCUAUGAUACAGGACUCUGCGUUUCUGACGUUAUUUACGUCUAUGAUCUCGAGGUGCCAGCACAACAGGCGGAGACGAUGGUGCCGAAGCCGAGGGACGACGAGGUCGAGCAGUUCUACCUGUGGGAUGUGCAGACCGUCAAAAAUGCAAUUUUCAACGGGGAGUUCAAAGCUAAUACGGCCAUGGUGAUGGUGGACUUUUUUGUGAGGCAUGGCAUCAUCACGGAUGACAAUGAGGCGAAUUACAUGGAGAUAGUGACGAGACUUCGCCGCCGAUUGCCUGUCCCCCUCUCAGCCCCAUUGGAGUUUUAG